ACGUAAGGAGUAUGUGUUUGCGAAUAAUAUACGUUCUUGUGACACUACUCCUGUCUAAUAUGGUUGCCUAUGGUCAAAUUCUCACCAAUGGAAAGUGCCCAGUUGUGGAACCAAUGACGGAUUUCAAGAUCCAGCCGUUCCUUGGGGUCUGGUACGAGGUGUUUCGAUUCUAUGACCAGUUUGAGGAAGGUCAAAGUUGUAUCCGAAUGGAAUACACACUCAAACCAAACGAACACAUAGGUCUCCACAACUAUGGGGAUCUACCGGACAAUACGACUGUGGUGGCUGAAGGAGACGGUUAUGUUUCUGACCCUUCCAUUCCUGCCAGGUAUAUGGUCACGUUCUCGGGCAGUAAGCUCCCCUUGGAUUACUCUAUCAUAGCUACCGACUACACAUACCACGCCCUCGUCUUCUCUUGUACCGAGUUCCUGGACAUGGCCAACGCCCAGUUUGCGUGGGUUCUCAGUCGUAACAGAACCAUCGACAAUAAGGUCAUGCAAAGAUUGGUCGCAAAGCUAUCCUGUUUCGGAGUUGGUGUUGACAACUUUGAGGACAGUCCACAGCUAAACUGCUGAAUAACCGUUCUUUUCAUUUCAUUUUCCUUGUCAUUAGUAUCAUGUAAAGGUACUUGUAUUUACCAUACUCUAAUAGCACAUCAUACAACAUACCAAAGUGACAUUAUUUAGCGAGCGAGGUUUGUGUUGUUGUACAAAUUCUAGAGGUUAACUUCCCUAUCAUGUUUCAGUAUAUUAUCUUUGAUAAAGAUUGCCUAGACAUAAUACGUCUAUCAGUGUAUUGGGGCUUCUAGAUUGGAGCACAAUAUUUGCAUAUGACGAUAGUCCGUCUUUGCGUAUUGCAGAGUUAUCUUCUCUUGGGAGCAGGUAUUGAUUGUCACGUCACUGGUUUGUAUG